AUGUCAUCGUCCGCCGACCGCGCCCGCAAUCGCAUCGAACUGCUGGUGCCCAACCUGACGCCCCACGGUGCCGUGGCGCCGCUGGGCCACGACGCCUGCCAUGGUCCGAUGACCUCGGAGCACAUUGUCAUCGUCCUCGGCGUCGGACCGGGGCUGGGGCUCAGCAUCGCGCGCACAUUCGCGUCGCGCGGCUACACGGUCGCCAUCCUCUCUCGAUCCAAGGCCCGCCUCGAUGCGUGGGCCGCAGAGCUGGAUCAGGCCUCGAAGCAGGUCGAAGCGUCGAGCGGGGGGGCGGCCGCCUUCGAGUGUGAUGCCCUCGACCCGGUCAGCAUCCGGACCGCCGUCGCAAACGUCCGCAGCCACUGGCCGGAGAGGAGGAUUGGGACGGCAAUCUACAACGCCAGCAUUCGGGUGAGGAGCGGAUUCAUGGACCUCGACGGAGAGAAGGUCAAGCAGAGCGUCGAUGGCAGCAUUACGGGAGGAUUCGCAUUCGCCCAAGCCGCCCUAGAGUCCAUGCUCGAGCACGGCAGAGGUGGCUCCCUCAUCUUCACCGGCGCCACCAGCUCGAUCCGUGGUCGCGAGAACUUUGCCGCCUUCGCUGCAGCCAAGUCCGGACUGAGGGCCAUGUGCCAGUCGAUGGCCAAAGAGUUUGGGCCGCGCAACAUCCACGUCGCCCACGUCAUCGUCGAUGGCCUCAUCGAGUCGCAGCAGGCCCUCGACUUCUUCGGCAUGCCAAAGGGCAGCCGCUUCCCCGAUGGAGGGGUCCUCUACCCGCCGCAGAUGGCCAAGACCUGGCUCUUCCUUGCGCAGCAGCAUCCCGGCAGCUGGACGCACGAGCUCGACCUCCGCCCGGCCAAAGAGCACUUCUAA